GGUUCUAAUUUUGUCACACAUCUCCAGGGUAGACGUAAUACGCCGUCGAUUGUUCAGAUGAUACACGCCAUCCGCUGCUGGAAUAAUGAGCCGGACAAACAACACGCGAAAGUGACAAUCUCGGUUGAGCUGGAAAAACCUCGCCAGUCCAAUCUGGACCUACUCGUUGAUGGUGUCGAUGUGGUGUUUGUUGGGAAAGAUUUUGCCCGUUUUCUUGGUCACAGGAGUGCACGCGAAAUGGUGCUAGCGCUGAAACAAUCCCACCCCGGUUCGUACACCAUCUUUUGUCCGUGGGGAUCGAGCGAUACGAUAGCGAUGGAUGCGUGUGGGCAUUGGUAUAGCCAACGAACGUAUCCACCGGAAGUGAUACGGGACAGUCUCGGUGCCGGCGAUACGUUCGUGGCGGGUUGUAUUUUUAAGCUCUCUCAAAACGAACGCUCACUGUCGGUGGUGUUGGAGUUUGCAUCACGCUUAGCCGGUCGCAAAUUAGGUUAUUAUGGGUUUGAUGAACCGUAAAGCAUGGAGAAGAUGAAAGGCAAAUGCGAAUGCUGAUCGGAUAUAAUAAAUGAACGAGAAAAAAAACA